CACAGCCCCAUCCGCACCUCCCCAUCCAUCCCCACGAGCAGAGCAGACAUACAACACGCGCAGGCGUGCCACUAUAAAGGGGUGAGGCUGAGUGAGAAAGGAUCCGAUCCCGCAUACAGCAACGUCCGCUCCCACUCGCAGGACCAACAUCUUCCCCCAAGGCAGCAUGGACGUGUUCAAGAAAGGCUUCUCGAUGGCCAAGGAGGGCGUCGUGGGCGCCGUGGAGAAGACAAAACAGGGAGUGACCGAGGCGGCCGAAAGAACCAAAGAGGGCGUCAUGUACGUGGGCACCAAAACCAAGGAAGGUGUUGUGAACAGCGUUAACACAGUGGCCGAGAAGACCAAGGAGUCGGCGCAGGCUGUGAGCGGUGCGGUCGUGAGCGGCGUCAACACGGUGGCAGGGAAGACGGUGGAGGGAGCCGAGAACGUCGCCGCAGCUGCAGGCAUCCCCAUGGAACCGACUGAGCCAGGGGCAGAGCCAGGAGCGGAGCCAGGUGAACAGGAGGUGGAGCCACCUGCCCAGGAGGGGGAGCCUCAGGCGGACAUGAUGUGAGAGGCCGCAGAAGAUCGACAAUGAUCAAAUAACAAAUAACCGACAUGGGUAGGGAAGGGGUCUGGGGAAGAUGGCCGUGCUCGGUCCGUCAUUUUAAAAAUGGAAACAAAUAUAUUAUUGGCGCUACAUUAUUUAAAUAAACUAGAGUAAACUAUAAUAUUAGAUGUUUUAAUUAAGCAAAAAUGUAUAGACCUCAUUAGUGCAAUACGAUGGCAUUACCUGCUUUCUGUAGCAAUAGGCAAAUAGCACGGCGUGUAAAUGUGCCACACGGGCAGCUAGGUGAGGUUUGAAAUACAUCGCGCACAACGCAGACACGGCCACACGUAUAUACCCACACAUACACACACACACAAUAUGUAGGCUACACGCACAUGCAUGCAAAUCCACACAAACUAGGCAUGCAGUGAGUGUAAAAAAAACAAUCCUUUCCCAAGUUGCUAUUAUUAUACUUUCAUUCGCUUUGUCGGGCAUCUUAACGAAAGUGACACACCGAUGAAACCCAUCCGUCUGGACUCGUACGGACAUUCUCCCACGCGUGCACGGAAUUCGAAUGCAUGCAGGGACCAGGUUGUGUCGGUGACACCGCUCUUGUCGGAGAGCGAGAGACAGAACGUGUGUCCUGUGUUGCUGAGAGGUCUCUUCCAUCGGCAACUCCAAACGUCUUGCUCAACGUUAACGCAUGAGUAGUUAUGAGACAAUUGCGCGGGGCGAAUUGCAGCCGUGAUUUGUAUUUGCCCCCUGUGAAAUGGUACUGAAUGCAUACUUUGGUCAUGCACUGCAUACACAGAUGUAUUUUUUAUUAUUAUUUUAGAGUUUAUAUUUUUCAAUGCGUAGAUGUGUAGCCCAGAAUUACCAGGAAUCAGAUUUUACACUCCAGUGUUUAUUUAUGUACGUGUUAAAAGCAGGUGAUAAAUAGGUGAUGUGUGAUCGCAUGGAUAUUCCAGUCAUUCGCGAACGAUUCAAAUGGCAUGCAUUAAACCGUGGAUAAUAUGGAAUGCAUGACAGAUUCCUCCAAUCAAACUGGAGCAAUGCAGAUAACCGGAUGAAUGUCUCACUUCGGCAACGAUGUGGAAACAAAACUUUCUGUGAAUGUUAAAAGAGGCCUGCAUUGAGCGACUGACGCUACGUUUUGGUUUUGGCCAGUGGCAUUUAGGGUCAUGUAGCAGAGUGAUUUUGUCAAUUGUAUGUUCUAAGCAUUUUUAUGGACCACAGCGAUCGCUAUGGAAGAAAGGUUAACUUUAGUGUAAUGAGAUGGGUGUUUGACGUAGUAGUAGUAGUAAUCUGUACGUACGUGACUGUGUGGAGCAGGUGAGUUUUACUUCCAACGAAGCAACUUUAUCAAACAAGCAUCCGGUCUCAAAAUGCAUGCUUGCUGAUAAUUCUCGGGAUUUCGCGGCAGGAUAUUGCGAGAAGCGUUGAAACGUUGAAUAGAGCACACAAGCAACGUGUUGUACGUGUCAUCAGGUUGAGAAGGUUGGAAUGAGCGGGGGCACGUGUCCGGGAUGGAGGAGGGCAUGCAGUUUACCGAUGCAGGUGACCGGGGUUGCAGACCUAAAGCCAGACGAUGCUGAUGAGACCCGUGAGAGAAGGCGACGGACGUUGGUUUAUUGGCUAAGCAGAAUAAUUUUGGAAUAAAUACAGUGACUAAUAGAGGCGACGAUGAGGUGAGAGGGCAUCAGCGGCAUAUGCACAAUUCGAAACGUGUAUGCGCAUGUUACGUGAAGCAGAUGAGAGCAUGGUUGAGGAAUUGUGCGCCGUGUAACAGUGCGGAUGCAAAGGUGCGGGAUAUAAAAUCGGUCCAGACAAAUGUGCAAGAGAAAAAAACUCAUCAUAAAAAGCGCAGAUUCCAGUGAAAGACGAAUAAUGGUUCACACGUUCGCCAUCACAGAAAAUAACUGUACGUAGAAUUAAAAUUACAUUAUCUUUGUUGGUGAUGCACUGCGGCAGAGCUAUGCAGUGGGCCACAGGGGCAGUACAAAAAAAAUCAGUUGUUGUACCGUACUUAUAUGCUACCGCGUCUGUGCCUCCCCUUCACCGACCUGCACUGAGCAUCGUGAAGUGUGGUCAGAUGGAGCCCCGUGACAUGUACAGUAGUACGUGUAGAGGCCGUCAUACAGCAGUGGAUUGACACAGGUCUGUACUUGUGGCGGGACCAAUCUUUCCAUUGAAAGACGACACUUAUUGUCCACCGAAGCGCUACUCAUUUUAUGCACCCUGGAGGGAUGAUGAGCUGCAUCAACCCCAUAACGGGAUUUGAACAGGUUCUAGAGAGGCAUAAAGUAAAAUGAGUUAUUUUAAAAUAUAAAACAGAAUGAUAAAUAUAAAGGCAUGCAAUUAGUUACAUUUAAACCACGUCCAAACAAUUGGAUAUUACCGUAAACUUAUAUUCGCUGAACUAAGUUCACCUCAUUACUGAGGAAGCGUGCUGAAAUUCAUCUCAAACCAAAUUUAGCAUUAUGUGCAACGGAGUUUGGGUCACAACCAAAGAUGCAGAAGGGUGGGUUUACUGUUAACCAAUAGGCGUCGUUGAGUGAGACAACGUCAUGGUCGAAACCUCUUGACUUUGGUUACUCUUGCAAGUGAGACUCAUCCUGCCCUCUUGUUGUAUCUCUCCUGGCUAAACAAAAUGGCCUUGAGAUUUCCCUUCACGGUGCCGCUUUGCUUUGCGUCGCCUCUUGCUCUCUGCACUGUGUUUUAUUCAGCAUUUAAUGGUUUGUACAGCAGGUGGCUGGAUAUGUAUCCCCAGUGGUCGGAAUUCACACACUUUGAGCCAGAGUACAGUAGAGUCACAAUUUCACUCUUGCCUCUCCUUCACGGUAAUUUUUAGCAGAAAAUUACCAAAGCGUGAAAUCACCUUUUAAUGCAAACGUUAAAAAGAAACCCGUUAUUUUGCCAGAGCGCGCGUUCGUGAGCUGGUGUCUUUUCCAAAUUCACAAACUAACAAAAAAACCCUCACGUCCAAUUGUUAAACCAUAAUGACCACUCGUCCUGGGUACCCCUCCCACGUCUCGAACGUUUGCGAAAGAGAAUGAAUCUCGGUGGGCCUCAGCCUGGUCAAAUAUAGGACGCUGAAUUCGAGUGUGAAAACACUAGCAUGUCGUGUUGUGUGCAAUUUAAUUGACUAAAAGCUUUUGUUACAAAAAAAAACAAUUUCGAAACUUUUUUUUAUACAAUAUAAAAAAUACUUUUUGACUAAAUAGUGGUGAAUGCUUUUAAGGAUUACAGUAUUUGAACAAUGCAUUACAUAUUUGUGCAUGGUAGUGUGUGUGUUCUUUGUUUUCCCAUACUGACGGGUAACAAUUUUGAGCUAAUGCACUGCAGCAAAUGCUCGAUUUUGCCAGCUCCGGAAAUGAAUGGAAGGACAAGCUCUGUGACUCAUGAUUGUGUUUAGCCAAUGACCAGAUGCAUGCACUGCACGUGCACAGUUACCAAAAUGAAUGGGCGACUGAGCACAGUCAAGGUAGCAAGCACAUCGUGCCCCUGGUGUCAUUCAGAAUAGUGUAUGUAGCGUGUUAGUGAAUAAAUAGGUGCAUGAUAAGGCAGGAAUAGUUCCCCGUUUAGUUGUGUAGAGCGUUUGGGGAAAUGCUUUUUUUAGUGAGAUACUUCAGUGUUAAGGCAUGCAAAUGACUGUGGUUUGGCCAGCACGACCAACUCCCGUUCGUUUUUGUCCACCCCCCCCGUGGCUGAUGUUGACACAUUGCACCAGGAAAUAAAUUGUCUUGUGAGUACACCUGUGAGAUUGUCAGGCCAGGACCCAUUUGUGUGUCAUGGCCAAGAGACAAACCUCUGGGUCGCAGUGAUCAAAGCAUAGCCCUUCUUAGCGUCUACACCACAGUUCCGUACAGGUGUAUGAACACACAGACCCGCACACCCCCCACACACACGAGCACACUCUGCAUUAAACAACAAUUAUAAUUGUCCGUGGCACAGAGAGAUUACUCCGUAAUUACAUCUCUAAAGUAUUAAAAUGCGCAAAUUAUAUUUACACAAACUGACAGCAGGCCACUCGCAUCAGGGCAUAGUUUUUAGUUAUUUCCGUAAUAAUAUUCGAAUAUAAAUUAAACCAUUACCGUCGAACAGAUGGGCCUGUAAUCUAGUGCAAUGAUGGCUUCAAGCUGAUUACGACAUUUGCAUUUGGCACUUUCUCAAAUAUCCCAUCACGUACUAACAAAAUUGGCUUUUCCCUAAAACCUAAUCUUAGCUGCCACCGUAACACCGUUUGAGCCUGUGCUUUGGACGCGGGUGUUACGUAUUCAGUGUGCGCCAACGUGUUGAAUUGUGAGAUGCCAAGCAACUGAAUAAGUUCACUCUCUUAAAACAAAACGUUUGCCAUUAGUGGAAUAAAGAAGGUCUCAUGGAA